GGAAAGAAUUAUCAUAAGUAACCGAGCCGCUCUUUUCUUGAGUUAAUCCUCUGUUGGAUCACUGAGGUCACUGAACUGGCAUGAUCACUGAGGUCUAACGCUGUGCAGGAUAGCCAAAAUAACAACUAAAACUACCUCCAGUAAGUCUGCAGAUGUUUUAGAGGUACAAACUGACCUCAAAGUCAAACCAGCAAACAACAACAACACCCAAAUAGCCAUUUCAAUCACAAUACAGUGCAAAAGAGGGUAGAACAAGAGUAACAAUGCCUCUGGAGCUGGGAAUGUACGAGCGCCGCGCAGAUUACAAAUCUGAGAAACAGUGCCAGCGGACCUCGCUGGCUUUCUACCAGGCAGUGCGGGAUCUGCUGCCGGUGUGGCUGCUGGAGGACAUACGCGCCACCGAGGCGUUCCACUGGGAAGACGAAGGCCGCGCAUGCGCCUUCUCGCCCUCGGAAGCGCUGCUCUACGCGCUCGUCCACGACCACCAGCAAUACGCGCGCCACCUGCUCCAGCGCUUCUCCGUGCACGCGCUGGCCAUGCCGAGCGCGAGCUUCCGCUGCUGCGCGCACUCGGCCACGCCGCACGUCUCCGUGGCCGUGCGCUACAACCGUGCAAGCAUUCUCAAAAUGAUGAUGGACACCCUGAAAGACUUCGCGGACGACGAUGAGAAACAGACGCUCCUGAAUCACUGCGGGUGCGCGCACGCCGAGGGCGGCAAAAGCGCGCUACACCUGGCGUGCGACUUGGCGCGUCCCGAGUGUUUGCUUCUGCUGCUGGGCAACGGCGCGUGCCCGUAUGUCACAGAUCGCGCAGGGGACACACCUCUGGACUGCCUCCUGCAACAAAUCAGCCAACGUGACCUGGACGUGCGUGCGAAGCGCGUGUGCCUCGGGUACCUGGUGUUGUUCAUGCCCGCGCUACGCUUCCGCAUGCGCGCGGAGCUGCGGGAGAACCCCGCACUGUGGAGCCGCCUCAUCGGGGAACAGGCGCUCCAGUGGCUCUCCGGUCAGUGUCCACCGUCGCUGUUCGUGCAAUGCAUGCGCAAAGUGACCCGAUCCGUUCCUGACGCACAGCUCGAGACCCUGCCUGAUUUUCUUAGACCACCGGAUUUUAGAUUGCACCAAUUUUAACGCUAUGAACUUCUCCAUCCGAGUUUGACUCAUGACCUCAACACGGUUCCUCAUUUGAAGAAAAAAUAAAAGAAAAAUUUCAAAGCUUCAGGUU